AUGUGCUCUAACCAGUCAAUUAACGAGCACAUCGGGGCCCUUAAUCUGCAUUGCUUCCACCCACUCUGCUCCCCCUUCCCCGCACACCCUCCCCGCUCUUCACCCCCCCCACCCGGGCCCCGUCCAUCCAGGCAGCAUGCAGAGGAUAACCGAAAGAAGGCCGAGUAUUUCAACAAGCUAUCUCAAAGUUCCUCCUUUCCCCGUUCCUGUCUCCCUGCGCUCCCAUUCCCCCCCUCUCCAGGCAGCAUGCAGAGCGUGGAAGAACUCCGGGAGAAUCUGAGCACGUACAGGGAGCAGCUAGAGCAGGUCUCGGAGUUGCUAUUAGAGGAUCCUGACAAUGACGAGUACAAGGAGAUGGCCAGUGGCCUCAAGGAGGUCAUCGAGCUCACAGAGGACCUUCUCAGUGCAGCGGAGCAGCAGACGCAGGAAGAGCCACCACCAGAUGCAGCAGGGGGUGCAGCUGCUGCGCUUGCCACUCCGUUUGUUCCCAUGGCAUUUGUGCCGGCCACGUCUGUUGUUGUGAGCUGA